AGAGAGAAAUCAAAAUAAACACUUAAUAUGAUGACUUUUUUCAAUUGUGAUUUUAUGUUUCUCAAUAACAGAUUAAUUGUAUUAACCAGUGUUAAUUUUAGUUUCGUUUGAUUUAAUUAACUAAUCAUGUCCCGAUUACAUCGAGUAACUCCCGUUCCAAGUGACAUCGAAAUUGUCAAGGCUCAUUCAUGUUUACCGAUCAGUGAGAUCGCAAGUAAACUUGGUCUUAGUCCCGAUGAGCUCGAAUCGUAUGGACCAUUCAUGGCCAAAGUUAAGACGAAAAUUCCGGCCAAUUUAAGUCGACAGGAGAGAGGAAAAUACGUUGUUGUCACUGGAAUUACACCAACACCACUGGGAGAAGGUAAAAGUACAACUACAAUCGGUUUAGCUCAAGCAAUUGGCUCUUGGUUGAAUAAAAAAUGUGUCGCUGUUAUAAGACAACCAAGCCAAGGUCCAACCUUUGGUAUCAAAGGUGGAGCUGCUGGUGGUGGAUAUUCACAAGUUAUUCCUAUGGAAACAUUUAACCUUCACUUUACAGGUGAUAUUCACGCAAUUUCCGCUGCUCAUAACUUGAUUGCUGCUGCAAUCGAUGCAAGAAUUUUCCAUGAAUCAACUCAAUCGGACAUCGCUCUAUUCAACCGAUUGGUUCCUAAAAAGCCUGGUAAACCUCGGGUUUUUAGUAACUGCCAAACGUUACGAUUGGAAAAGCUUGGUAUCGAUGUUAAUAUUGAUCCAGAUAAAUUGACAAUUGAACAGAAGAAACAAUUUUCUCGGCUUAAUUUAGAUGUUGACACAAUUAAUUGGAAUCGAGUUGUUGAUUUAAAUGAUAGACUUGAGAAAGUUAAAAUUGGCCUGUCACCAUCAGAGAAAGGAUUCAGUCGAGAGACUCAAUACGAUAUUUCCGUGGCCAGUGAGCUAAUGGCGAUUCUUUCAUUGGCUAACAAUUUGAAAGAGGCUCGACAACGAAUCGGAUCAAUUGUCAUUGGAAAUGCUAAAGACGAUAAACAAACACCAAUAACCUGUGAAGAUUUAGGUGUUGCUGGUGCAGCAACGGUUCUGCUUAAAGAUGCGCUAAAGCCAACCCUAAUCCAAACGCUCGAGGGCACACCGGUCCUUGUUCAUUGUGGUCCAUUUGCUAAUAUUGCUCAUGGAAGUUCAUCCGUUAUUGGUGAUAAAAUUGCUCUUAAAUUGGUUGGUCCUGAUGGUUAUGUUUUAACUGAAUGUGGAUUCGGUGCUGAUAUUGGACUGGAGAAGUUUAUUGAUAUUAAAUGCCGAAACUCGGGAAUAUUACCUGAUUGUGUUGUGAUUGUGGCCACAGUUCGAGCUCUUAAAACUCAUGGUAAUGGACCACCGAUAACUCCUGGAGCGACUGUUCCUGCAGUCUAUUUACAAGAGAAUAUGGAACUUCUUGAGAAGGGAAUAGUUAACCUUGAGACUCAUAUUCGUAAUAUCAGAAGGUUUAAUCUUCCCGUGGUUGUGGCGGUAAAUGCAUUUUCUACCGAUACUCAGAAAGAACUUGAUUUCGUUCGAAGUCGAGCCAUUCAGGCCGGUGCUUCGGACGCUCAGAUUGCCCAACAUUGGGAACUCGGUGGUGAAGGUGCUCAAGAUCUUGCUAAUUCUGUUCUUAAAGUCUGUCAAUCGCCAAAUGAAGACUGCAAGUUUCUUUAUGACCUUAAACUGACCAUUAAGGAAAAAAUUGAAAUAAUCGCUAAGCAAAUUUACGGUGCGAGUUCAAUCAAUUAUUCAGAAAGAGCUGAAAGUAAAAUCGAGAUGUAUGAAAGGCUUGGCUAUGGUUCGAUGCCGGUUUGUAUUGCUAAAACUCAACUCUCUCUCUCCCAUGAUCCAACACUUAAAGGAGCACCAAAGGAUUUCCAAUUCCCCAUCAUUGAUGUUCGAGUCUCUGUUGGUGCUGGAUUUGUUUAUCCAUUGGCUGGAGAGAUUCUCACCAUGCCUGGAUUACCAACUCGUCCAGCGUUUUUUGAUAUCGACAUUGACACCGAGACCGAGGAGAUCCAUGGAUUGUUUUAAUCGGAAAAUAAUCACAAUUAACUAAUGAUAAUCAACUAAUUUUUUGGCUCAUUAUGAUUAAAUUAUUGUCUUAUAUACAAAAUGUGAUUUGAUUAUAAUAAUAGAUUGAACAAUUAUCAUCAACAACUAAAUCAAUUAGUGAUUUUUAUUCAAACCGAUCAUUUAAUUGGUACCAUGGUUUAUCAAAUCAAUGAGAUUAAUCAACAAUUUAAUGACGAUAAUUAUAAAUUAACUUUCGCUUUUCCUAUUUAUCCUCACUAAUCAUUGAUUUAAUUUCUUAAUCAUGGUGUAACAAUUAAUGGGAAUCGGAAUAUUGUUAAUCCAAAAAUAAACAUAAUAAAUUAACUGUUUAAUUGCUCUUGAA